GGGACAGCAGGCAGAGAAAUAUUCAUAUACCUGCAACAAGAGCAGUUGCAAAGUCCUCAUUCAUAAAUAGAUAACAUAUGAGUAAUCAAUACGUUUAGCAUCAACAGGCGACGGCUAGACGGACAGAAAUGAAUAUUAGUGUUAACAGUGGGAGACACACUGCUUGCUUAGCAAUACAGCCAGCAAGCUGACCAGCAGCUCAAACUUGGUAAUUGAUAAGCAUUGCUGGGUUAGCUAGUUAGCCACACUGGCUAGUACAAUUUACGUUUGCAACUCAACUCCGGAUUUUGCUCACGCCAGCUAGUAAAUUUCGUGCUUUUUGUGCAAAAAAAGGUCACAGAUCUUUACUUCAGGAUACUUGCAGAGCCUUGAAAAACCAGAGAUCACGUGAAAACUAACACCAGCUCAGCCUGCUGCACCUGGUUUAUCCGUAUAUGACAGUAUAUACAUUUACAUACAUUGUUAUAUGUACAAUGUGGACUAAUUUUUAGAACAUCAAACUUGUAAAUGACAUUGAAGAGUCAGAUUUUUUUUUUAAAUGGUGGAAGACAAUUAUCAGUCCAUUUUAGGCCUCAUUUUUAGGUCAAGGUUUUUGAAUUAAGGUCUGUUUUAAAAUUGUAGCUCGAUGAACGGAGCGUACACCCCCCAUACCCACGUAGAUCGCAGGGAUCACUUGAUCCGACACCUUUGAUGAUCAGUUGGGUUUAAAUUGAUCACUCUUUUUGUCAGUCAUGAAUGGCUCCCUCUUAACUCCGCCCAGCCCACGUGGUGUUGCGGAUUCAUCUUCUCUUCUGCCCUCCCCAUCUCCUUCCCCUUCUCCUCCAUCCCCAUCACUGUUACCUCUCUCUACAAGACCCCCACCUUUACCUCCUCCAACUCCUGUUGGUCAGCCCUUGUCAUCGUUAUCUGACACGCCCACACCAUCUCCAUCUCCUUGCCUUAGCUGGACUGAGUUCUGUGAGCUCCAUGCACGGGUAGCCGCUGGGGACUUUGCCCGUCAUUUUCGGGCGUUCUUGCAGGAGAACCCGCAUUACUCCCCUGAUUCUGCAGCUGCUUUUUGUCGGCGGUUCACUGACAGAUUUGUUCAACAUUUCGAGAGUGAACUUGAGGGGACUGGUGUUGGUAGGGAGGGAACAGGGAGCUGGGUAGCCCAAUCAGAUGUUACAUCACUGGAGGAGGAUGCCACGUCUCCACCGCUGCUGCCAUCAGAGGCCACCACCCCCAUACCGUCCUCUCAGAUGCGGGCUGCGCCCAAACCUUUGUUGACCCUGACUGGACAGGAGAGCCAUGGCGGGGAAAGAUUCCAGAACACUGCAGCAUUUCAGGACUCAUAUGCUCAUACGCAGAUUCUCCUGCCUUCCUCCUCUUCGUCUUGCUCCUCCUCAAUGGGUGGGAAUAAUGGGCGGAGGGAUGAGAGGGGACUGAUAGUUAAACAGUAUCCUCACAAUCCGUCUGGCUACAAUGAUCUGGAGGAAGAGGAAGACAGCUGGGCGGGGCCUGUAACCGAAGAGGAGGUAGAGACGGACUUGGUAGAAAAGGAAAACGAGGAAGAGGGCGAGGUUACCUCAGAAACUCUAACAUGCUCCUAUCCAUCUGACACACCAGCAAACACUGGGUCAAAAGGCAAUGGAACACCCAUGGGGGGACAAUCCAAAAACAAACUCAAAAAGAGAUUUUCUCUGCGCAGUGUGGGCCGCAGUGUCAGGGGGAGUGUGCGAGGCAUCUUACACUGGCGUAGUUCCUCCAGUGACUCCCCUCAGAACUGCAGCUCGGGUAACUCUGCACCUCUACCUUCCAGUUACAGCUACACUACAGGCCUGCAAGAUGGCAAGAGGAACUCUGGCACCCAGGCAGUUCCCUCUUCUCUCCCUGUCUCUCUCUCCCUCCCCCUCUCCCUGCCUCACUCUUCCUCUUCUUCUUUGCCCCCCUCCUCCUCCAGCAGUGCUACCUCCCUCUCUUUCUCUGAGGCCCGUGAUUGGCGAAGGAGCAAUGGAGAUGGGGAAAAGGAGAAGUGGAGUCACCGGCUGGAGAAGUUGCGACUGUCCCGUUCACCACCAGCAACUCUAUCCACUGCAACUCCAGCUUCCUCAGCCAUGUCACCCUCUUCGCUGCCUCCCAGCAGUGCUGGUGCACCCAGAAAGAUGGGCAGGCUGGUUCGGGAGGGAGGGGUGACCGUGUGCUCGUCUUUGGAUGAAUUUGCCAGCACUCAUGGUUUCCAAGGCUUUUCAUUUGGACUCCUGCACCACAGUACAGACAGCAGCAACACCGCAUCAGUGCAUCCUCCAGCCACUGGGGGAGCUGUGGGUAGACGGGGUAUGCGCUGGCACAAGUGCCGUCUAGUACUGAAAGAACGCGAUAAGGAUGCAGAGGAUGGAGGGCUUGAAUAUUUCCUGGAGUUUUACCUUCCACCAAAGUCCUCCAAGCCUAGACUGACUAUCCCAUGCUGCUCUAUUGUUGAUGUGAGGAGCACUACAGCUAUAGAGGUGCCAGACAAAGAGAAUACCUUCCUUCUACAGUUGGAAGGUCAGGUGCAGUACGUGAUCGAGACAAGAGAUGCGGUUCAGAUGAGGGCUUGGCUUAGUGACAUCAGAAACGCCAUCUGCCUGAGUGAGCAAGAGGAUGUUGAGGGAGUUUGUGGCAGUGCUCUCGCUGAUCUCAGUGGCACGCCGGAAUUCAGUGACCGCCUGUCUCAAGUGUGCUACGGUAGAGUUGGUGGUUCUCCCCGAUUGGAGUCUCUGCCUCCUGAGUUACCACCUCGGGCCCCUCUUGACGAAUCGGACAGCCGAUUGCUUAGUGGGGGCGGAACACCUUUUGCUGAAACCCCUGAUGCAACAGGGUCAUUCCUAUUCUCAGAAGGUUCUGUGUCGGAGACAGUGGAGCAUCCUUUGAGUGAGUGUCAGUGGUUCCACGGCACGCUCUCCCGUCUUAAGGCGGCCCAGCUGGUGCUGGCAGGUGGCAUGGCCAGCCAUGGAGUCUUCCUUGUUCGGCAGAGUGAGACCCGCCGUGGGGAAUACGUCCUCACCUUUAAUUUCCAGGGCAAAGCAAAGCACUUGCGUCUAUCCCUAAACGAAGACGGACAGUGUCGAGUGCAGCAUCUUUGGUUCCAGUCCAUUUUUGACAUGCUGGAGCAUUUCCGUGUGCACCCUAUUCCCCUGGAGUCUGGGGGCGCCUCUGAUGUCACUCUCAUCAGCUUUGUGGGGGCCACAAAUGUCCGGCAGCCAGACUUGACCAGCAGACCCCGUAGUCCUCCUCAACCACCUCCUCCGCCUCUACCUCCCGGACGCCCUCCACCCCCGACCCCACCGCAGGACAGAGGGAGCGAAACUGAGGCUGCGGGAGGUGGGGGAGCGAGCAGCGGGGCGGAGGAGUGUGAGGAACGAGAGAGGGAUCCACCUCUUCUCCAGCUGGAAGGGGUGGAGGGCGAGGAGCGGGAAGGAGGGAGGGCGAGAGCCAUCGACAACCAGUACUCCUUCUUCUGAGGUGGGAUCGAGGAGGAAGAGGAGAGCCCUUCGCAAUCAGUGUUUUUUUUUUCUUCAUUGGAAGAACUGACUGAGGGGUCACAGAACCGAUUUAUUAACACUAUUAAACAUGAACUUUCACAGAGCAAGCGAGCAAGAGAAGGAUGUAGAGAGAGAGAGAGAGAGAUACACCCAUACAUAAGUAUAUAUAGUACUGUGCAAAAGUUUUAGGCACUUGUGAAAAAUGUUGCAGAGUGAGGAUGUCUUAAAAUAAUGCGAUAAAUAGUUUUAAUUGAUCAAUUAACGUCAUACAGAGUCCAGUAAACAUAAAAAGCUAAAUCAAUAUUAGGUGUGAUCACCUUUGCCUUUAAAACAUUACCAAUUCUCCUAGGUACACCUGGACUCAGUUUUUCUUGGUUGUUGGCAGAUAGGAUUUUCCAAGCUUCUUGGAGAAUUCUCCACAGUUCUUCUAUCUAUUCAUGCUGUCUCAAUUGCUUCUGUCUCUUCAUGUAAUCUCAGACUGACACGAUGCUCAAUGGGGGCCAUGACAUCUGUUGCAGAUCACCCUGUUAUUCUAAUCUUUUCUAUUUGCAAAAGUAAUGUUAAGAGUAUAAAAUGUAUUUUUCCUAUUGACACUAAAGAUGAAGAUAUAAAUAAUCAUGACAAAUGUUUUUGUGAAACAUCUUAAGUGCCUAAAACAUCUGCACAGUUCUGUAUAGAUAUAUAUGACACUGACGGUACACCAUUAAAACACUAAGCAACGGUACUACACUAAAUUGGAGGUGGUUUGUGAAAAUAUUUAUCAGCUUUUACUAAUUUGAUCUCCAGUGUUUUUCAAUGCUAUGGUUCCUUUUCUGGUGCUUCUGCAUGGGAAGGUACGACAACUACAGACUGUGCAGUCCCACUAAAUGGUACCACACCACUGAGAUGGUGUCGUGUUAUUAGACAGACACUUAUUUCAUGAAUGAAGGAACGAGUGUGUCCUUCACAGCAACACCAUUUAUGUCAUCAUAGUGUGUCGGACUCCCUUAUUCAUUCAGUUAUCUAGUAUUGCCGGGCCCUUCGCACUUAUAUAAGAGUUGUUUUUUUUGUUUUGUUUUUUACCUCAGGUUAGCGGAUAUAUUUACUUGUUCAGAGAUUGAUUGUUACCCACCAGCACUCUUAUUAUACUGGAGUAUUUUAAUUGUUUUGUUUUAUUUGUUAUGCCACUGACAAACUACGAAUGUCAAAAAGUAAUAACUUAAAACUUUUAUUUGUUUCUUCCUGUUUAUUUCAAUUGUACUGAUUGUUAAUUCAAUUUCUGGCAUUGCCUAGGGCUUUACAAUGCCAAAAAAAAAAAAAGCCCAGUCCUCUAAAAUCUAGUAGUAUCGCUUAUUACGGUUCGUUUUGAUAUUAAACAUCUCCAUAGACAUUAUUACCUCAGAGUCCUGAUCUGUCACCCAGCUCCUCUCUGACAAGAGUACAGCAUUCAGAGCCAGGACAACAUCAACCUCUGCUCUCCUUCUCUCUUUAUAUCCUAUCCUUCCUUUUAGCUUUACAAUCUUUUGUUUCAUUGGCGCGUUUAUUUCAAAGGUAUAGUUCAGAGGAGAGAAUGUCCUUCUUUUAAAAGAAAUUGUUAUUGAGUAUGUUAAUGACAAUAAUAACUGAUGAUGAUAAUAAUGAAUUUAGUAAUUGUCCGAAUAAUAGUAUUUUAUUUUUGUUUUUCAAAAAUGCCUUUAUUUUAUGUUGUUUACUAUGUGGACACAUAAUAUUUAUUCUCCAAAAUCUGUUUUCUGUUUCUAAUUUUUUUGUGCCUUUUUAUAUCUCUUCUAAUCUCACUCUGUCCCUCACUGCUGUCCCUUUCAACUUUGCUUCGGUUUUCACAAAUUUCAGAAAGGAAAAAAAAAAAAAAAAGAGUCCUUUUCUUCUCGUGCCUUUUCGUGUUGUUUAUUGUCAUUCCCUCUUGUUUUGUGCCAGUCAUUCUUGAUUUUGUGCCUCAGUCUUUUGCCGUGUAUGCCAUCCAGUUCAGUGCCCGCAUCUGUCCUUCCCCCCCUUCCCUUUCAUUGUAUUCCUCUUUUCCUGGCUCGUUUUCAGUUGUUCUCUUAAAGGAAUAUUGCUGGUUCAAUACAAGUUAAGCUCAAUCAACAGCAUUUGUGGCAUAAUGUUGAUUACCACAAAAUUGUUUCGACUCGUUCCUCCUUUAAAAGAAAUAUCACUUACAAUGAAAGUGAAUGGGGACAAUUUUUGGAUGGUUUAAAGGCAGAAAUGUGAAGCUUAUAAUUUGAUAAAAUACUGGGUUGCGUUAAUUGCCAUGCCAACAAAGUUGUAAAAUUAGAUAUAACACAGAUAUUACACAGAUUUUAUCACACUUAAAUCAAGUUAAAACGCAUAUUGUUUGUCUUGUGGCUAUACUUUUGAAACAUUUGGACAUUUACAGGUUGGCCACUUCCAUUGCAAGUGCCUCACUUUAACCCAGAUUCUUGCUUUUUGGUUUUUAAGACAAGGAUGGACCUUUUUGUGGUAAGCUACAUUAUGCCACAAAUGCUGUUGAUUGAUCUCAACUUGUAUUGAACCUGGAAUAUUCAUUUUAAUUCUACAGAUCAUUCACUAUGAUUUGUUCUCUCUCCAUGUGAUCCUCUUUUACCCUUUAUUUAAACCUCUUAUUGUGCCUUCUCUCUGUUUUCUCUUCUCUGUCUGUCUGUGCUGGGACCGUGUGUUAUGGUGGACACUGUUGCCCACUCUGUGUAAUUAGAGUUUCAGGUACUACAUUGAGUUUAAUGAUGAUGAUAAUAAUAAUAUGAUAUAAUAUAAUUGUACUGAAACAACAUGUCUGAGUCGUGUUUGUGUUAUAGGAGCAUAUCUUGUGAUUUGAUUUAUAUGCCCACCCACAUAUAAAGAGCAGUCUCAUAUAAAGGCUUCAUUGUUCUUGUCUAAUAAUACGUGGGAUGAUGAUAUUACUGUCUGUUAUAAAGGAAUAAUUGGCGAAAUUGAA